UACUUACAACAUCUUGAUUCUAUUUUGUCGUCAUCGUCCGUCGGAGUGAUUUUUAUUAAAUUUAAAUUAAUAAUAAUAAAAAAAAAUCAUCAAUAUUCAAAUUGAAAUAAAAAAAACAUCAAUUAUCAAUUCAAUUUUGGGUAAACUAAUAAGAAAAGUUUAUUUAUCUGUCUUCAAUUCAAAACGACUUGAAAAAAGUGUCUGAAAAUUGUCUUUUUUUAUUUUGUGUGUUUCGUUUCUUUUACGUCCCAUGUCAUAGAAAAAAAUAUUUAAAAAAGUGUAGAAAGUGCAAAACACCCAGAAAAAAAGAAAGAAAGCAGCGAAAAGUCUAAUAAAUUUCUUUUGUUGUAUUUUUUAUUUCCUGUACAAAAAAUUCCAAUUGAAAUAAAUAAAAAACAAAUUGGAGAAAGAAAAUAUUGAAAAAGAAAGAAAAAUUCAAUUCCAGCAAAGUAUUUUUUUUUUUUGUACUCUUAAGAAAAAUAAAUAAAUCAAAGAUUGAACUGGUUUUUCAGUAAUUUAGUUUUUUAUUGUAACUGAGAGCUGCACCUUCUCCUCCUCCUCCUUUAAAAAAAAAAAUAAAAACUCCUCCAACGCAUUCAGCUUGCUUUGGAGCACAUUCAACAUAAACAAAACCAAAAAACAAAUUCUAAAUUCCCCAAAAAAAUAAAAACAAAAAAACAAUCAAAUAUCGAAUUUCAAAAUGAGAAAACAAAAGGACGAUAUGCAAGUCAAUGUCGCCGGCAUUCGAAGAAACAUUAAGAAUCUAGCGCACAACUACUCAGAUGCUCAGGUUAAAGUACGCGAGGCAACUUCCAAUGAUCCAUGGGGACCAUCAGCAACCAUUAUGGCCGAAGUUGCCGAUCUCACCUACAAUGUGGUGGCAUUUUCCGAGAUCAUGCAAAUGAUUUGGAAACGCUUAAAUGAUCAUGGCAAAAACUGGCGCCACGUUUACAAGGCACUCAUUCUCCUUGAGUACUUGAUUAAAACUGGCACCGAAAAGGUCGCCCAACAGUGCAAAGAAAAUAUAUUUGCCAUACAAACACUUCGUGACUUUACUUACUUUGAAGAGGGCAAAGAUCAAGGAACACAUGUCCGAGAGAAAGCAAAAACAUUGGUAAAUUUAUUGAAAGAUGACGAACGACUGAAAAACGAACGCAUCAAAGCGCUCAAAGCAAAAGAACGUUUCUCUCAAAAUGCCAGUGGCUUUGGCAGUGAUGGUUACAUAGAUGGGCCAGUCAAUCGAGAGAAUCAACCAGCCGAUUGGCAAGAAGAACCAAAGCCUGUGUCUGAUUUGGAAUUUGUACGUCCACAGACAGCUGGCGAAGAAGAAUUACAAUUGCAACUGGCAAUGGCAAUGUCAAGAGAAGAGGCCGAACAAGAGGAAGCCAAACGUCGCAGUGAUGAUGUGCGUUUGCAAUUGGCAUUGAGUCAAAGUGAAAAUGAUUUUAAAGUUAAACCAGAACCCAAGGGUAAUGAACCGCAACAGAGCCAUUUGCUGGAUUUGUUGGAUAUAUCAUUGGGAGCCACAAGUAUAUCGAGCCCGCCACUUGGCGCUGGAGCUGUUGGUGGCUCUGAUCCAUGGGGAACUCCAGCUAGAGCUGCAAGUCAACUCUCUGAUCCAUGGUCAGGUACAUCGUCACCACAAAUCGAUCCUUGGCAUGCAAAUGUUCCUAAAGCAUCUGGUGGCGCGGCUGGCGGCGCUGAAGGAUGGCUCACACAACGUACGCAAUCACCAUCUGUAGCAUCUGGUUCCUCCAAUGAAGGUUGGCUGCAGAGCAACAUCCUUUCAAAUGGCACCAUGAAUGGCAAUUCAUCAUCCUCACUAUCUGAUCCUUGGUUAUCGAAGACUUCAGCUAUGGGAGCAGCAGCUGCAGCUCCUCCACCAUCAUUACCAUCUCUACCAUUAGUUCAAAAUUCCAGCAGUGGUUCGGUUGAUCCUUGGCUGCCUGGAGAUGAAGCAAAAUCAUUGGAGAAAACCUCGUUAGGACCUGAAGAUCCAUGGGCACCAAAAGCUCAACCGAUUUCGGCUAAUAAUGGCGAUCCAUGGAAGAGAACUGGAAAUGAGGCAUCGGCAGUGGCAAAGGUUUCACCUGAUUUGGAUGACUUUGAUAUAAUCACGAAUCGUAAUAAGACUGGAGGACUACUAGAGGUUCAAAGUACGACACUUGGCUCAAACAAUAACAAUGCAUCACUUUUGGAUGAAUUAGAUCCAUUAUCGAGCAAGAAGCCAUCAUUGAAAACACCACAAUCGUUUUUGGGUGAAAACUCAGCGUUAGUGAAUUUGGACAAUUUAAUUAAACCAGUUGCGCCGAGCAAUACAAUUGGCAGUGCAGCGUACAAUCCAUUUAGUGAUACAAUUCCACCUAAAACAAAUCUAUUCCAACAACAACAGCCGCCUGUUCCGUCCAUAAAUCAACUCAAGCAACAACAGCCUUUUGCAAUUAGUUUAAAUCAAGAUCCUUGGGCACCAGUUAGUAAUGCAGCGCCACAGUGCGACGAAUAUUUAAUUGACUAUGAUUCUGAUGAAAUAACUGUUUGUACUAGCAAUUCUAUCUAUGCGGGUCAAUUUGAAUCAAACAAUAACAAUAACUAUCGUAGUAUUAACAAUGAUGAAUCUUUCUCUACAACCAACCAAAACAACAACAACAACAAAAAUAACAAUAACAAUAAAUAUAAUCUAAUUAACAACAACAACGACGACAUUACAAGCGUAUUUGAUAGUUAUGAUCCAUUUAUUGUACCACCAACUAUUUGCAAUCUUACUUAUGCGCCGCCGCCGCCAGCAAACAAUCCACCACCCAGUCAUCCACCACCACCACUACCACCUACCAGCUAUCUAUCAGUGCUUGGUACUGGUUACGUUAAUAAUGAUCCUCCUCCGUAUAUGAAUUCCAAUGCUCCAAACUACAAUUAUUCAAAUUUCAAUGCCUAUAAUGGUAAUCUCUUCAGUUAUGGAUAUUUCGAUACUCCUAACCAAAGCAUGAAUCCGAGUAAUAUGUUUGCUUCAUCUUUUCAGCUGGCGGGAAACAAUAAUAAUAACAACAAUUUGGCUUGGAUAAAACCAGAAGCAGCAGCAUCAAACCCAUUUUUAUAGUUCGGGAAAAUAGAGAUUGAUUAAAAACAACAAAACAAAAAAAUUAAACUAAGAGUAUUAUUAAUGUAAAACAUGUUCUUCGAAUGGGAUGUGGAUAUACAACUAACCUAUACAAACGAUAAAAAUUUUAAACUAAAACAAACCAGAAGAAAAAAAAAAAAACAAACAAAAAAAAAAAAAAAAACGAGGACACCAAAGUGCCCUUUUUAUAUUGAGUAAACGAAAUCGUUAAUCAUUUGUCCCGGCAGCUUUUUAGUUAGUCCCCUCAUCAUACUGCACACAACACACACACAUACACAACACAUUAUACACAACAACAUUGUUCGCUCAUAUUAUAUAAUGUACUAAAUUUUAAAUUGUAACAUUUAUUUUAUUAAAAAAAAAACAAGAAUGAGAAAAAAUUAUUUUUCUAAAAAGUUAUAUAUUUUUUUUGUUUUAAAUUUAUAAAAUCAAUACUUUUGAAUCGGAUAAGGUUGACUAUACUAUCUACCCAGGGGGCGAAUGUAAAGAAAAAAAAUACAUACAGAUUAAGACACAAGUAAAAAAAAAAACAGUGAAACUGAAAUCAUUCAAAAUAAAUUAUAAUUAUUAUGUCAAAGUCUAUAUGAGUAAUUAAGAUGAAUAAAUUUAUAAGAAAUAUAAUAUAUUUUAUUACUUUUCCAAAAUCAAUUUUAUAUUAACAAAAAACAUAAAGAAAAACAAAUAUUUUAAAAUACAAAUAAAAAAAAAAAAACGAAACGAGAAAAAAAUCAAUAAAACCAAUUGUAAAGUAUAUAGAUUUUUUUUAAUCAUUCAAUAUUUAUAUAUAAAAAAAAAACAAAA